AUGGCCGCCAAACGCAAGGCCGCCCAGAUGGCCCCCGGCAGCGACGAGCCUGUCGAUCCCGCCGACGAGCUUCUGUUCUACUGCUUGGGCGGCGGCAAUGAGGUUGGCCGGUCGAGUCACAUCAUACAGUACAAGGGAAAGACGGUCAUGCUCGACGCCGGCAUGCAUCCCGCCUACGACGGUCUUGCCGCGUUGCCCUUCUACGACGAGUUCGACCUGAGCCAGGUCGACGUUCUGUUGAUUAGCCAUUUCCACAUCGACCAUGCUGCCUCCCUUCCUUAUGUCUUGUCCAAGACAAACUUCAAGGGCCGCGUGUUCAUGACGCAUCCGACCAAGGCAAUCUACAAGUGGCUCAUCCAGGACAGCGUUCGCGUUGGCAACAUUUCGUCGUCUUCUGAAUCCCGCAUUCAGCUCUACACCGAAGCCGACCAUCUCUCCACCUUCCCCCAGAUCGAGGCUAUCGACUACUACACAACACACACCAUCUCGUCGAUCCGCAUCACACCUUACCCUGCUGGCCACGUCCUCGGUGCAGCCAUGUUCCUGAUCGAAAUCGCUGGCCUGAAGAUUCUGUUCACUGGAGACUACUCGCGCGAGGAGGACCGGCACUUGAUCUCUGCCGAGGUCCCCAAGAACGUCAAGGUUGAUGUGCUUAUCACCGAAAGUACCUUUGGCAUUGCAUCGCACAUCCCCCGCCUGGAGCGCGAGGCCGCCCUAAUGAAAUCCAUCACUGGCAUCGUAAACCGUGGUGGUCGCGCACUCCUCCCAGUCUUCGCCCUUGGCCGUGCACAGGAGUUGCUGCUCAUUCUGGAUGAGUACUGGGCAAAGCACCCGGAAUUCCAGAAGAUCCCCAUUUACUACGCUUCCAACAUCGCUCGAAAGUGUAUGGUGGUAUACCAGACGUACGUCUACGCCAUGAACGACAACAUCAAGAGACUGUUCAGAGAGCGCAUGGAGGAGGCAGAACGAAACGGCGACGCAUCAAAGGCUGGCCCUUGGGAUUUCAAGUAUGUUCGUUCUUUGAAGUCGCUCGAACGCUUCGACGAUGUAGGCAGUUGCAUCAUGCUUGCAUCGCCUGGUAUGAUGCAGAAUGGUGUCAGUCGUGAGCUGCUAGAGAGGUGGGCACCCGAUCAACGCAACGGCGUCAUCAUGACUGGUUACUCUGUUGAGGGCACGAUGGGUAAGAUGAUUUUGCAUGAACCCGAUCAGAUCCCAGCAGUCAUGACAAGGGGCAAUGCCGCGAGGAGAGGCCCGAACAGGGAGGGAGAGCCGGUCUUGCUUCCCAGGAGAUGUAGCGUCCAGGAGUUCAGUUUUGCGGCCCACGUCGACGGUACGGAGAACAGGGAGUUCAUUGAAGAAGUUUCCGCACCAGUAGUGAUUCUGGUGCACGGCGAGAAGCACAACAUGAUGCGCUUGAAGUCAAAGCUCCUCUCACUGAACGCCGACAAGAAGCAGCCAGUGAAGGUGUUCAGCCCUGCAAAUUGCGAGGAGCUCCGCAUUCCCUUCAAAGCCGACAAGAUCGCCAAGGUUGUCGGCAAGCUUGCUCAAAUACCACCGCCGAUGCCCCAGCGCCUGAAGCGGGUAGACGGCACAGAUGGUUCAACAGAAGCCGAGGACGAGGAGGAACAUCAACCCCAGCUAAUCAGCGGAGUGCUGGUGCAGAACGACUUCAAGAUGUCGCUCAUGGCGCCCGAAGACCUGCGCGAGUACGCGGGCUUGACGACGACAACCAUUGCCUGUCGCCAACAUCUCACACUAAGCGCCGCAGGCAUCGAGCUCAUCCGCUGGGCGCUCGAAGGCACCUUCGGCGCCAUCAAGCAGGUCAGCGGCAAAGACGCCGCCAUCAACGGCAAGGCCGAAGCGAACGGCAACGGCAACGGCGACCACAAGAUGGAGGACGGCGACGACGACGACGACGACGCCAAAGAGGGCAUCGACGAAGCAGACGAAGAGGUCGACCGGUCGACGACGAGCUUCGUCGUCAUGGACUGCGUGACGGUGCACUGCCAGGGCGGCGGCCGCGUCGAGGUCGAGUGGGAGGGCAACAUGAUCAACGACGGCAUCGCCGACGCCGUCCUCGCCGUCCUUUUCACCGUCGAGAGCAGCCCCGCCGCCGUCAAGCAGUCGGCAUCGAAACAACAACACGGCCACGCCCACGCCCACAGCCACGCCCGCGGCCCCAACCCCCACGCCGCCUCCGACCCCCGCACCCGCUUCGACCGCCUCUGCAUGUUCCUCGAAGCCCAGUUCGGCGCCGCCAACAUCACGCCCCUCGCCCACCCCAAGCUCCCCGACACCCUCCAACAACAACAACAACAACCAUCAUCCACCGACCCUUCCGAACCCCCCACCAAACCCGCCACCGUAUCCAUCGCCGGCGGUGUCGGCGCCGAGGCCGACGAAUCCUUCUCGCCCGACGAACAGGCCGAGCUCAAGCGGCUGCACGCCAUGGGCAUACCCGUCCCCGGCAUCUCGAUCCAGGUGGACAAGAUGACGGCGAGGGUGUGGCUCGAGGGGCUGGAGGUGGAGUGCGCGAACGGGGUGUUGAGGGAUCGGGUGAGGGCGGUGGUGGAGAGGGCUGUAGAGACUGUGGCGCCGAUUUGGAGGGAGUAG